GCUAUAAUUUCUAUAAAUAAACAAAGUGCAGUGCACGAUGACUUUAUCAUGUAGUUAGCGUAUAAUAUGUUGUGUAUAAUUGAUUAAAUUAUGAUCCAUAAUUUAAGAAGAGGGGACGAAGACCUCUCGUUGGAUAUUCCAUAAGAUUAUGUUCAAAUGUGCUAAGAUGAUGCGAAACAUUGUUUACGGUUUUGUGGUGUUCGUUUCUUUGAGUUAUACUCUUGGAGAAGAGUUCAAUCUCUUUGGGGGCGCAGGCCAAGCAUAUUCAGUAGAAGUAAACUUAGGCCAUCCACCACAAAAGUUUAAUUUAUUAGUUGAUACAGGCAGCACUACAUUGGCUAUAGCAUCGCAAGUUCGGCAAGGGGGCAAGUCAUUCUUCAUGGCAAAUGAAUCUAGCUCCAUUUGGGACAGUGGCAAACAAGUGCAAGCCAAAUACUCGCAAGGGAUGUGGGUCGGACACCUAGCAUCAGAUUGGGUGCAGUUCCCAUCACUCCCUAACAUUCCCAAAGUGAGAACAGACUUGGCACUUAUUACAGAAAGCCAUAAAUUCUUCAUGAAUGGGUCUGGAUGGCAGGGUCUUCUAGGCUUGGCAUACCUACCCGUGGGAGCUUGGGGUGAAAAUAUUAUUGUCGAGUCCUGGUUAGACUCCGUGGACCGCACUCUCAAGAAACCCAUUUCAUUUCAACUCAAGCUGUGUGGGGUCAAAAGUGCUACUAACGCAACUCAUUAUGGGAACCUCCAAAUGCUUGAUAAUGCCAACGAAAACAAAAAUAAUAACCGGACAUACCAAACACCAGUUCUCCGUCAACGCUGGUACGAAGUAGGCGUGUUGUCUGUGCGAGUGAUAGAUACAGGCGUGAAUAAUACGGAUUCUACGCAAAGCCCUGUGGUGACAGAUAUCAAUAAUGAGAUUUGCUUGAAACUCAACAAAGAGAAGAGCAUCGUAGAUAGCGGCACUACGAACAUUAGGUUACCAGAUACUGUCUUUAGAGAGAUUGUUGGCCAAAUAAGAAAUGCAGUUCCUGAGACAAAUGUGAUUUCAGAUGAAUUUUGGUACCAUGGAGAGGCGGGGUGUUGGCCGCAGCCGCAGGAAUGGUCGCUGCCGUGGAUCGCAAUAGACCUGCUGAGCGUCGACGCGGACAACCAGUAUUUUACACUCGAAAUACCGCCGCAGAACUACAUGCGAGUGGUGUCGGCGGGCGAGGCGGGCGCGGACUUCGUGUGCUACAAGCUGGGGCUGGAGGCCGGCACCGAGACCGUGCUGGGCUACACCGCCAUGGAGGGGCUGCAGGUGUUAUUCAACAGAUCAGCCGGCUGGAUCGGCUGGCAAACUUCCGACUGCGGCUCUGACGCGCGCGUCACGGGCCCCUACAACGCGUCCACGCCCCUCAUAGACUCGUGCCAACUCCGGCGGCCCGUGUCCGAGACGGCGGUGUCCAUCCGCGCGGCGCAGUGGGCCCUCUGUGCGAUCUCUAUCAUAGCCGCUUGCGUGUUGGUGUAUCUCUUAGCCCCCUGUGUUAAAGCGCUUUGUAAGAAGCCGUUGAGGAUGCAACAGAUCUCGCUGUCAACGGCUGCGUUGGUGGAACAAGAGACGUGAUGGUAAAUUAUGUUGUUAAGAGCCCAUCAACGUGCCCACUAGCGCCACUGCUAAAUAAUUGUCGAUUAUCGAGCUAUCAAAUCAAAACAAGAACGGUCGAUUUAAUUUUGGACGCAUAGAUUGACGAAUCCAGCAACGUAAAAACUAUUAUAAUUUAUUCAAAAGGUACCUAAAGACAAAUUACAGUACGUAGCGGCCCCCUUUUUUGAAUAUCUAUCGUUCAAUUUAAAUAACCACAAUUAUUUACCAGUGGAGCAAGUGAGCACGUUAAUGGGCUCCUAAAAAAACUUUUUGAGGGAUGGUCACAAAGUGGUUGCUUAAGCUUAUGUGUGUGAUAUAGUGUUUUCUUCUUUAAACUACUGUGGCGUCUUCCCUCGACCCUCGUAAGGUUCACAAUCCACCCAUAGUUAGGUACUAAUUACUUCAUUGUAAUUUAAAACAUUUUCAAUUGUAAUAGAGUUGAAUUUCUUUUAUUUCGUUCGAUUUCAGAACAGGAGAAAUUUACCGAACUACACAUUGAUUUCAAAUUCAACUGACAACUUUUCUUGUAUUAUGGGCUUUAGGAGUCUACAAGUCUACAACGCCCGUUUAACAAUUGUGGCAGUAGAGUUAGACCCAGAGAAGUCUGCAACGAUU